GAUUCAGCAUGAUACCGAGUGCUCUGUUAACCGUUAGAUUCGCAUCUACGCGAUUGAUUGAUCGCUCGUCGUUCGCAUAAUUGAAUCGCGCCUAGUCAUCAUUGCGCGGCACAGACGCCUCGCGCCGCUCGCGCGUCUCUCUAGAGAGAUCGAGCUAGCUAUGUAGGUGAGGGGAGCGUCGGAAUAGACCGGAUUAACGUUUCGUCGUGAUUUUUACCUGACGAUUGUCUCGCGAAGGAGGCCUAGCUAGAAUUCAAACGCGGUUUCGCGUCCGCGCAUUAAAAUUCCGAUUUAUAUGGUCAGUAUAAGUUUGAGAACGGUCGCCGACGAAGCAGCUACAGCUCGCUCGACAAACAACAAACGCGACUGGCUCUCACGCGCGUGGAUUCGAUCAAUUGUACGUUCGUCGGCAGCCGAGCUGUUGUUAAUUGAACGCGCUGCGCAAUUCGGCCAUUUCCUCGUCGCCGAACGACGCGAUACGCGCGCGGUCGGCGUCGUCGGGCUCGCGCGAUUUACGCGACCGGAUCGGGUGAUUUAUGCACGAAGUGCAUACAGCGACGUGUCGAUCGUUUUAAUUGCGUUUGCAUCUCGCGGAAUUCACGCGCUCGAUUAGCUCGUUACGUCGCGAGCGGUCUCGAGCGUACGUUUUCGGACGGCUCGCUCGGCUUCAAUUCGGCUGCUGAUUCGACUCGCGUCGUAUCCGCGCGGCGUCGCGUCGGCGUGAAGAUGUCGACGUUCGAAUCUUUCGGCGAGUCGUCGGACUUGAGAGUGUAAAGCAUCGCGAUUGUGAUAUCGUGACGAAAUUACUUCGAUCUCACCGGCCGCGUUUCCGCGAGUGCGUGUCAUCUCGUGAGGAUUCAGCGCAGGGACUUGCGACGAGGAGGUGACAGAUUCAUUGGCGGAGCGUCACAUCGCCGUCGCGCGGGGACUUGAGACGAGGAUGAGGCUGGGAUGCAGCAGAUUCAUUGGCGUCGUGUCGAAGAAAAUAAAUUCCUCUUGGAGUUUUUGGAUGUUUGACAACCUGGAAGGAAAGAGGUCUGACAAUUUGAAAGGAGAAGGAGGCCUUGGACAUGCGUCGGGCGCCGGCGGAGUAACUUUGUGAUGUUUCUAACACGUUCCGAGUACGAUCGUGGAGUGAACACCUUCUCGCCGGAGGGAAGAUUAUUUCAAGUCGAGUACGCCAUAGAAGCCAUAAAGCUCGGCUCCACCGCCAUUGGAAUCGCAACAACGGAGGGAGUCAUUCUGGCGGUGGAGAAACGUAUCACUUCUUCUUUAAUGGAACCGACGACCGUAGAAAAAAUUGUAGAAAUUGAUAGACAUAUAGGCUGCGCCGCGUCCGGUUUGAUGGCCGAUUCGCGGACGAUGAUCGAGAGGGCUCGAGUCGAAUGCCAGAAUCAUUGGUUCGUCUACAACGAGAGGAUGACGGUGGAGUCGACCGCUCAGGCGGUGUCCAAUUUAGCUAUACAGUUCGGAGACAGCGACGACGACGGCACUGCCAUGUCGAGACCGUUUGGCGUAGCAAUGCUGUUUGCGGGGAUCGACGAGAAAGGCCCACAGCUGUAUCACAUGGACCCGUCUGGCACUUUUGUUCAGUUUGAUGCUAAGGCCAUAGGAUCUGGUAGCGAGGGAGCUCAACAAAAUCUUCAAGAAGUAUAUCAUAAGUCCAUGACGCUCAAGGAAGCGUCGAAAGCUGCGCUGACGAUAUUGAAGCAGGUGAUGGAAGAAAAACUGAACGACACCAAUAUCGAAGUGAUGACAAUGACGCCCGGACAAUUGUUUCACAUGUUUAGCAAGGCGGAAUUACAAGAGCUAAUAGACUCCAACGCCACGUCGGAAGAAAAUCUCACAAGACCAGCAGCUGGUAACCUGUUGCCAAGUCCUCUGUCCCAGCCCUCUACCUCCUUUAAAGGAUAAAGCUGGUCUAGAUGCCUUUCUCCAGAUGCUCCUACGUUCCUUAUCUUUCCAUUCCUGUACGUAUUUUUAUUUCAUUAACAUUGUUUCAUCUUCCUGUUUUAUUAUUUUGCCAACCCGAAUAUUGAUACAUACUAUUCAGAUGAAUAUAAAAUAAACUUUAAUUUGAGAAUUUA